CCGCCCAAUUUGGGGCGGGGCUUAGAUCAGGGGCGAGGCUUCCCGGGGGUGGGUCUCCGGUCUCCGUGGCGGUGGAGAGCGAUACGGUUAGGUCUGAGGAGGCGAUGGCGGCACACGCCUUGGGGCUGCUGACCACACUACUGGCUGUCAUCGCCACUGCCUCCCGAGCCCAGGUCGAGUCUGAGGCUGGGUGGGACAUGUCGGCGCCUGAUCUGCUCUUCGCCGAGGGGACCGCGGCCUACGCGCGCGGGGACUGGCCGGGAGUGGUACUGAGCAUGGAGCGCGCGCUGCGCUCGCGGGCCGCCCUGCGCGCCCUUCGCCUGCGCUGCCGCACCCGGUGUGCCGCAGACUUCCCAUGGGAGCUGGACCCCGACUCGCCCCCGAGCCUGACACAGGCCUCGGGCGCCGCUGCCUUGCAAGACCUGCACUUCUUCGGAGGCCUGCUGCGCCGCGCCUCCUGCCUGCGCCGCUGCCUGGGGCCGCCAGCCGCCCACUCGCUCAGCGAGGAACUAGAGUUGGAGUUCCACAAGCGGAGCCCCUACAACUACCUGCAGGUCGCCUACUUCAAGAUAAACAAGUUGGAGAAAGCUGUAGCAGCGGCACACACCUUUUUCGUGGGCAAUCCCGAGCAUAUGGAGAUGCGUCAGAACCUAGACUAUUACCAGACCAUGUCUGGGGUGAAGGAGGCUGACUUCAAGGAUCUUGAGGCCAAACCCCAUAUGGACGAGUUUCGACUGGGAGUGCGACUCUACUCAGAGGAGCAGCCACAGGAAGCCAUACCCCACCUAGAGACAGCGCUGCAAGAGUACUUUGUGGCGGAUGAGGAGUGCCGUGCCCUCUGCGAAGGACCCUAUGACUAUGAUGGCUACAACUACCUUGAAUACAACGCCGACCUCUUCCAGGCCAUCACAGAUCAUUACAUCCAGGUCCUCAGCUGUAAGCAGAACUGUGUCACCGAGCUGGCUUCCCACCCAAGUCGAGAGAAGCCCUUUGAAGACUUCCUGCCAUCGCAUUAUAAUUAUCUGCAGUUUGCCUACUAUAACAUUGGAAAUUAUACACAGGCUAUUGAAUGUGCCAAGACAUAUCUCCUCUUCUUCCCCAAUGAUGAGGUGAUGAACCAGAAUCUCGCCUACUAUACCGCCAUGCUUGGAGAAGAAGAAGCCAGAUCCAUUGGCCCCCGUGAGAGUGCCCAGGAGUACCGACAGCGAAGCCUGCUGGAGAAAGAAUUGCUUUUCUUCGCUUAUGAUGUUUUUGGAAUUCCCUUUGUUGAUCCAGAUUCAUGGACUCCAGAGGAGGUGAUUCCCAAGAGACUACAAGAGAAACAGAAGUCAGAACGGGAAACAGCUGUCCGCAUCUCUCAGGAGAUUGGAAACCUGAUGAAAGAAAUUGAGACCCUUGUGGAAGAGAAGACCAAGGAGUCCCUGGAUGUGAGCAGACUGACCCGGGAAGGUGGCCCCCUGCUCUAUGAAGGCAUCCGUCUUACCAUGAAUUCCAAAGUCUUGAAUGGUUCCCAGCGGGUGGUGAUGGACGGUGUAGUCUCUGAAGAUGAGUGCCGGGAGCUGCAGAGACUGACCAAUGCAGCCGCAACUUCAGGAGAUGGCUAUCGGGGCCAAACCUCUCCUCAUACCCCCAACGAAAAGUUCUAUGGCGUCACUGUCUUCAAAGCCCUCAAGCUGGGACAGGAAGGGAAAGUUCCUCUGCAAAGCGCCCACCUGUACUACAACGUGACGGAGAAGGUGCGGCGCGUCAUGGAGUCCUACUUCCGUCUGGAAACCCCCCUCUACUUCUCCUACUCCCACCUGGUGUGCCGCACCGCAAUCGAAGAGGCACAGGCUGAGAGGAGGGACAGUAGCCACCCAGUCCACGUGGACAACUGCAUCCUGAACGCUGAGGCCCUCGUGUGCAUCAAGGAGCCCCCAGCCUACACCUUCCGGGAUUACAGCGCCAUUCUUUACCUAAAUGGAGACUUUGAUGGAGGAAACUUUUAUUUCACUGAACUAGAUGCCAAGACCGUGACGGCAGAGGUGCAGCCCCAGUGUGGAAGGGCCGUGGGAUUCUCCUCAGGCACAGAAAACCCGCACGGAGUGAAGGCUGUCACCAGAGGGCAACGCUGUGCCAUUGCCCUGUGGUUCACUUUGGACGCUAGACACAGUGAGCGGGACAGGGUGCAGGCGGACGACCUGGUGAAGAUGCUCUUCACCCCAGAAGAGAUGGACCUCCCCCAGGAGCAGCCCCAGGAAGUGCAGCAGGGCCCCCCCAAACCUGUGGAGGAGUCUGUCUCCAGCAGUGAGUCAGGGCACAAGGAUGAGCUCUGACAGCAUCCAGCCAACCAUGAAUGGAUGAUUAGACCCACUGUGAGGAACUCUGUCCUGUCCCCUGAACUGGCCAGCCACUGGGGGCCAUGGAGCAGAGGGGCACUUAUGUCUGCUGCCCAGCCAAGGGGACCCUGCUCACAGUCGUCUGCGCGGUGCUACUGCUUUUGGAGUGGACAUGGCAGGAUGGCCCUCCCACCUCUGGACCUGGCUGAGGGCUCAGGACGCAGGCCCAGAGCCACCCCCCAGAGGCUUGCUCAGGCAGCCACAUGACAGCAAUACAGUAUUUAAGUGUCUGUGUAGACAACCAAAGAAUAAAUGAUUCGUGUUUUUUUA